AUGAAAGAGCUCAAGGAGUUCGACAAAACUAAAGCUGGCGUAAAAGGGCUCGUUGAUUCUGGCACCAAGCAAAUCCCAAGAAUAUUUAUCCACUCUCCAGAAAACCUCCCAAAGCCUUCAGAUGGGGUCAAUACAAACCUCCAAGUCCCUGUCAUAGACCUCCAAGACAUUAGUGACUCUAAAUGUCAACAAGAAAUUGUUAAAGAAGUUCGUUUUGCAUCAAAAUCAUGGGGAUUCUUUCAGCUUCUGAACCACGGAGUACCAGUUGAACUUCUUGAUAGUAUGACCAAAAGUGUUAAGAGGUUCCAUAAGCAGGAUAAAGAGGAGAUAGCAAAGUUUCAUUCACGUGAUCCAAAUAAGAAGGUGAAGUUUUAUGGAAAUUGA